AUGCCUGCUUAAAAAAUAAUUAUACGAUCAUCUAGUUCCAAUAAAAAUUCUAAUUCAUCCAAAGGAUUUAAUUAAACAUAAUCAAAAGUAUUUUUUUUAUUUAUUGAAAGGUCUUUGAAAAAUUGAUAAGUCAUCAAAAGAAUCGAUAUAGUCAAGAUGAUGACAAAAAUCAAUAAUAUUUUGAUCAUCUUGGAGGUAAACAAUAAUUUUAGUUUAAUAGGACAAUGUUUGUGUACUUUAUGUAAUUGUGGAAAACAUCAUUGUAAUGGAAAGAAUUGUGUAAACAAACCAAAUCUUCAUCUUAAUAAAACUAUUUAUUAAUAAGAAUUCGUAUAAAAAAUGCCUGAUAGAUGUUCACUAUACAAUUAAAACUUAUACUUAAACCCUAAACAAGAAGGUGAAAUAAAAAGAGUUUCAACUUAUAAAGUAUGUUGAUAAUCAUCAAAAUAGCAUGAUUAUCCAGGAUAUUUGUCUAAUGUCCAAAUAUAAAAAGGUCCUAAACAAAACAAUACAAAUUAUGGUUCAUUUUCAGGAUUGUCUACAUACAAUAAUAUGUUUAAAAAUUGGGGAAUUGGAAAUACUCCAUAAUUGAUGCCCCAAAACAAUCCCACCAUUAUUAAAAAUCUUCCCUUUUCUGGUAGAAGCAAUUAUAGAGAUUAAUUUUAAGAAUUUAUUGUUGAACCUGUUAAAAGUACAAAAGGACUUUAUCAACAUAAGUAAUUAUAAGUAUUUAAUCAUUAGAUCACCUUUAUCCCCACCUGAUAUUAAAUUCACUGCUACAUCAAUAGCCAAAUCUUCAUACGUUCCACUUGAGUCCGAAAGAGCUUAGUAAAUUUAAAACUAAAAACUACCUUAAUUACCUCUUAAUCCAUCUUACAAAGGAUAAUAUAAUACUAUGUAUUACAGAGAAUUUGAUUCUAAAUUUCCCAGGCCUUGUCCUGCUAAAGAAGUACUUGAUGAAGUUGAAAAAUAAUUUUGA